AUGGGAGAAUUAAGUGAUUGGAGUGUUAUAGUUUAUGACAAGCCUGGUGUUGAUAGAACGGAAGCAUAUGAUAAGCAUGUUAAAGCUCUACCUGCAAUUAUUGACCUAGGUCUGGUUGUUUUCGGGGGCCAGAUUAAUGAUGAUAGCCACCCAAGGAAACCAAUUGGCUCAAGUUUAACUGUAAGAGCUGAGACUAGAGAGGAUGCUAUCGGGCUAUUAAAACAAGAUGUCUUUUAUAAGGAAGGGGUUUGGGAUGUCGAUAACGCCAUAAUCCAUCAUUUCAAUUGUGUAUUUAUUGAAGGACAACCAUUAAGAGGUUGA